AAGUGUUAACUUUUUCAACACGUUAGGACGCCUUUGUCUAAGCCAUUUAACAUAGAGUUGUUUUACGGUUGUCUCCACCUUUCACAGUUUAUUUACGCGAACAACUCGGCAACUUUUGUGGUUUUCAGAGUUUGAAACUAGAAUGCGCUUAUAACGCUGUGAAAGCAUGGAAAGUGGUCACUGGGGUAUACCCUGCUACCCUACGCAAACCGGUCGUAACUUUUAUACUCGCGUGUCUUCGAAUUAUCACGAGUUUAAAAUAUAAAGCUUAGCCCCGUGUGUACUGUCGCCAACGCUGUUUUGAUUUUAACACUUUUGUAAUUAAUGUUGAAUAUAACGCGUGUUGCAAAUGCAGCCCACAUGGCUUUAAAGUGAAUACAUAAUAGUGAAAUAAUAAACUGUUUUUAGCAUUUGUGUUAUUGGUCACACCAAGAAGCUUUAUCAUGGUUGGCGUGCUUUAGCCUUCAAAUACUCCAACAUGGUAUCCCAUUCGAACAGUUGUACACUUGUAUGUUCGUCUACAGCUGUUCCACAAUCCGACUCUUUUAUGAACGGCCUCAGAGAGUUCCGCCUGGAGCUCGUACAAUCUGAUCCUGGUUCAGCUGACACCAGUACACUGAGCGUUUCCGGUUUCGGACACUUUCUAUUGGUCGGAUUUUACCCGCCCUAAUGCGAUUGGUUUAGAACAUCUGUUGCAUUCGAGUGCACAAUGGUAGUAAGAAAAAGAAAGAAGAAAAAGUCGUACUUUUACGUUUGGGACGUGUUAUGCUUAAGUUUAACAUCUUUGUAGUUUAACAUAUUUGUAUUACGAGACCUGACAAUUACAUGUGGGGCGAUAACAUUUUAACCAUUUUAACUUCUCUUGUAUGCAGCAUUUAGAACACUAGAGGUCUGACAAUGCCCGAUUUGAGUCGCCGGGUGUUGUCUUGUACGGUUACUCCACUUGGACAAACUUUAUUAGAGGCGAGUUAGAGGUUGUUUCUGUCCGAUUUCAAUAGCGCAUGGAAGACCGCUGUCAUCGCGUUUACGUAACACAUUCUAAUACCGACAAACGGGCCGCGAGGUAUAGCCUGUAACUUAGCUAUAAUGAUGUUGAUGAUGUUUGUCCAAGUUGUUUACUGUUAUAUAGCCAAGAUAGCGGUUGAUUUAACCCAGAGUCUGUCACUUUCCAAGGAGAUAUUCUGCGUUUGCUUUUUUCCCCACUACCACAUCGUGUAGUAGGCAUGUAGGCAGUAAGCACGACUAUUCUGGUUUGUUUUUUUGUUUUUUGUUUUUUUUUACUGUUCAGGACAGGGGUCACAGAACAUAUGCAGUUUAAAAAUGGACGUGAAUCAAUUUAUAUACUUCUAUUGUCAAAAUAGAAUGUUUUUAUUAGUAAUAUUUCAUAAUAUAUGUUUAAUAAUUUCUAUACAUUUCCCCAAAAAUUGUACCACUGUCACCACAGGAAGCUUUUUGAUUAAAAGUACAGUACUUAAAUACAUGGGCUGUUUUUUAAUUGUUUUUUUUUUUAAUUAGUCCACUAAGUCACAUAUGAUUGCUGGAAUAGGUAAAUUGUCAUUGUGCUUUGUUUUUUUAAAAGAUGAUUUGUUUUCCUCCUCAGGCCCACCUGAGAAACUGGUGAAUAUUGAAAGGAUGGAUGGCCAAUCAGUGGGAAAACAGAUUAAAAAAGAGCAGAAUGAGAUUUUGACAGAGUGUUCUGAUGUAGUUGUGCUGCUUUCUGAUGAUGAUGAUGUAGUUUUUGUUGCGGAGGACAGUGUAACUGAGAAAAUGGACAUAACAAUGGAAAAAGAUCCUUCGGAAAUUAAAAAGACAGCUGGAGCAACAGUUGACAAGAAACCUGAACUGAAUGAUUCUCAUGACAGCAAAUCUUUGCUGCGCUUUAUCAAUAAGUACUGUCCAAGUAAGGUGGACCCAAUUGCCUGCUUGUUAGACACUGUAGUGAAAUGCAAAACUACACCAUACUGCCUCUAUCUGUACACAGAUGUAGACUUGGGCGGAGGCCAGAGCACAAGUGUCAUUCUGAUUGGCUUUUAUGACCUGAUACAUGGGACCAAUGUAGUGAGGCUUUUCAACACUUUGCAGUUGAAUGCUGACCCACAGUUGCUAUCAAACUCAGACAUGGACACGGUCUCUGUGGACGAUGCCCAACGUCUGCUAAACACACUGAAGAAUUUAGGUCUUUGUCUAUCUAACCUUGCAGUGUUUUAUUAUGAUGCUCCUCACACAGGAUUAAGCAAGGAGGUCGAGUCCUUGUUUAGGGAUCAUAAUCCAAAGUUGGUGUCGCUUUGUGGCCUUCAUGGUAUUGCAGGAAGAGCCUGCCAGUCUGGGAUUUUGGCUUCCUUUAAUUGUGUUUUUGACCUUAUAAGAGACAUCCACCAUCACUAUACACGCUGUACCUCUGUUAAUGACAAUCUGAAAGAAAUCUUUGUCGGAACAGAAGACUUUGACCCGUCCCGUUCUAUCUCGUCGCAGUGUUUGCAUUUUAUACAAAUUGUGCAAAGGAUGGUGGUAAGAUGGAAGGAUUUGGUGGAGUAUUAUAAGUCACUGACUCAGGCGGAGGAUACUGAGUCUAUCAGAGUUCAGCUGGUGGACUAUAAAAUUAAACUCUACUUCCUCUUCCUGGCCAAUUCAUUGGAGCCCAUUGGCACUAUCCAGAAGCUGCAGCAGUUUGGCUUAGCAAAAGUUGAGGUGGAGUUUGGGCUUAUUUACAAAUUAAUUGACACAUAUGCAAGAAGUAUCUUUAAACCUACCUUUGCGGAGUUCUUCAGUCGCAAACCAGCGCUGCAUUUGCUCCAAAACAAGCAGAAGCUGCUCCCAUUGAAUCAAAUCAAUGUAGGCACUAGUGCUCGGAAUUUCCUGUGGGCCACGGCUGUUGUGGAUCUGAGAGAAGAACAAAGAUCUGAAUUCCUGGAGCUUGCAAUAGCUUUCUAUAAGACUGCACUGUACAGUUUAACAGGAAGUUUUACUGAGCAUCGUGGACUUGCAACAUGGAGGAAUAUUGAAACUAUCCUGCAAAAUCCUGAAAAAAUACAAGAUAAUGCUAUUUCCAGACAAAUGCUGUCAGAGUUGGCACAUCAGCUGGGUGUGUAUGAAAACAUUUCAAAAGAAACAAAUGAUUUGGGAAAUGAAUACUUCAAAUACCUGAAGACACUGAUGAAGGUACAGCAGGUGAAAAGACCAGGACACGUCUGGGCCAAGACCCUGAAAGGCCUGGUUCCAGAUUCCACUCUGUGCAGAUUUCUCCUGACCCUCUUAGCAGUGCCACACUCUCGCUGCCGGAAACACUUGUUUGCUAGGGUGGUCGAUUUCCCUCCUGCAACUAGAGAAAGCCUGAAGCCCACAGCACAACCCCAGCCAUCCUCUGUACCGUGCGGUGGUGCAGACAGGAUGGAUGUAGAUGACGACGAAAGUUCAUCGAGAAAAAUGAACAGAUUGUUGGAAGCAGCGUUGGAAUCUACUCCUUUGUCUAAGCGACACAACAGUACAGAUGACCCUGAUUACACAGAUGAUUCUUCUGAUGUGGUCGAAUUAACAUUUGAGAGCUCCCCAGGCAGCCGAAAGAAAGCGCUAAGGCCACGGCACUUGAAAGCAUAUGCUUUAAGCAGCAGUGAUGAUGACGAUGAUGAGGAUGACAACUCUGACAACAGACUCUUAACAACCAAACAGCAAAACUCAGAAUACUUGAGCAGACAGCUUGUCUGGGUCAGCGUGGAGGGCCGUCCUCCUUGGCCAGCCAUUAUCCUACCCUUUGAAGAACGGACUCAGCAUCCACAGAAAAGAAUAGUGGAGUGGUAUGGACAGAACAUGUGCUCUCAGGUCAAAACAAGGACUUUGAAACCAUUUGCUGACUUUGGAGAGCUCUUCUGUGCCAAAUCCUUUUCCACCCUCCUCAACUACCACGAAGCCAUUUUUCUGUCACUGCAGGAGGCUGCACAUCGUUGUGAGAAAACGUUUUCAGCAAGUGCAGAAGAGAGAGAUGAGCUUGUGCAGCAGAUGUUGGACUGGGCCUUUGCAGGAUUUCAACCCACAGGACAGGAUGGCUUUAAACCAACAGGAUCUUUGUUAGGCUUCAUAUCUACAAGCAACGGUGAUGCAACUGUCCCGACAGACUCCACUGAGAGGUCCUCUUCGAAAAGAGACGAUGGAACAACUGGAAGGAAUGAAAGAUGGCAGGAGAAGGUGUCUGGAAGAGGAAGAUGGAACAAGGCCAAACAAAAUAAUCGAGAAUGGAAAGGAGAAAAUGAUGAGUGCAAGGAAGGAGGAUGGGAGAAAGGCAAGAGAGGAUGGAGGAAAGGGCGGGGAAGCGGGGGAUGGACACGAGGGAGGGGAGGGAGAAAGAAAACACUUCAGUUUGACCAGGUUGAUGCAGAGAUGCCUCCAGAUUUUGUGCAACAACAAAAGAAAAGCUUUGUAAAAACGUACAACAAAGUGAACCACACUAGCGGUGACUACACACAGCCGGACCAGAAGAUCCGAGAGGAGAUCAUUCUGAGAAUCAAGGAUAAGGAACUGAAUAUCGAAGAAUUCUGUUUGUGCUGUGGAGCCGAGGACAUAGUAAUUUUUCACCCUCUAUUCAAAGGUGGCCUCUGCCUACAUUGUAAGAAUAACUUCACAGAAACACUAUACCGCUACGAUGUGGAUGGAUAUCAGUCCUACUGCACCAUCUGCUGCUAUGGACUGGAGGUCAUACUGUGUGGCAAUGACAGCUGCUGCAGGUCCUUCUGUGAGGACUGCCUGAAUAUCCUGGUAGGUCCAGGGACAUUUGACUCUUUGAAGGAUGAGGACCCGUGGAUCUGCUACCUGUGUCAGCCUCACCAAACCCAUGGUUCUCUGGUCCCCAGAGAAGACUGGAGUGUCCGAGUUCAGGAGGUUUUUGCCAACAACAGUGCCAUGGAAGUUGAGCCACAUCGGGUUUACCCAUCAAUCCCUGCUAACCUGCGCAGGCCAAUGCGAGUUCUCUCUCUGUUUGAUGGCAUAGCAACAGGUUACCAGGUGCUGAAGGAACUUGGCUUUAAGGUGGAAAAAUACGUUGCCUCAGAAGUCUGCGAGGACUCCAUCGCUGUGUCAACUGUCAAUCACGAUGCAAAAAUAAUUCAUGUUGGUGACGUGCGUUUAAUCACCAAAGAACACAUUGAUGAGUGGGGUCCAUUUGAUUUACUGAUUGGUGGAAGCCCCUGUAAUGACCUCUCCAUCGUCAACCCUAUCAGAAAAGGCAUCUACGAGGGCACUGGCAGACUUUUCUUUGAGUUCUACCGCAUUCUUCAGCUGCUGAAGCCCAAAGAGGAAGACCCCACUCCAUUCUUCUGGUUAUUUGAGAAUGUUGUCUUCAUGAAUUUACACGACAAAGUCAACAUCUGCCGCUUUCUUGAGUGCAACCCAGUGCUGGUGGAUGCUGUCAGAGUUAGUCCGGCCCACAGAGCUCGUUAUUUUUGGGGGAACAUCCCAGGAAUGGACAGACCCAUCACUGCUUCUCAGAGUGACAGGCUAAAUCUCCAGGACUGUUUGGAGAUUGGUAGAAAAGCCAGAGUGACAAAAGUGAGGACAAUCACCACCAAUCCAAACUCUCUGAAGCAAGGCAAAGAGGUGAAUCAGCUUCCAGUUCUCCAGAACGGCAAACAGGACAGCCUGUGGAUCACUGAGCUGGAAAGGAUCUUCGGUUUCCCCAAACAUUACACUGAUGUGCGGAGUAUGAGCAGACAGCAGAGGCAGAAGGUGUUGGGAAAGGCGUGGAGUGUGCCAGUCAUCCGUCACCUCUUUGCUCCAUUAAAGGACUAUUUUGCCUGUGAGGAGCUGUUAACGACACCCACCUCGUGUUCCACAUGUUCCACAUGUUGCACGUCUAUACCUUCCACUACUCAACCAUCCCCAUCCGCUCCUCUCUCUCCAGAAGUACCGCAACACAGAUAGAGGGGUGGUUUAGUGUGUGUGCGUGAGUGCAUGUGUCCACAAUUAAGCUUUUGUGCUUUACUGACACACAGUCACUUUAUCUUCGCUUUUUAAAUGGUGUCACACAAUGGCCGUACUUUCUGGGAAUAUUAGCUACUUUGGCUCCAAAGCUGCUCUUUGUCUUGGAUUGAGUGCUCAUGUCCUCCAGCCCUUGUUCAUGUUGAAUAUAUCCAUUUUGUUUUUUCCAAAUGAGGUCACUUUUGCUGCGAGGUAUCUUUGGAGCUACUCAUUUCAGUCAGAUCUGGUGAAGGCAACAACAACCUCUUUAUUAGGUGUUAAUUAUUUAGAUUUAAUUUGUUUUUAGCAUAAGGCAGUACUAAUUAUACAUUGUUUUUACAAGGACUAGUUAAAUUUUUUUGAUUAUGUAGAAAAAAAAUACCUCAUGAGAUUGUUAGUUUUAAAAAAACUAUAUUUUAUUGUUAUAGCGUCGACAGAAAAACUCAGCUGCUACUUCCUCUUUGUUUUAUUCAUACACUCCCUUGAGAAUAGCAGAAUAUAUUUUAAUUUACAUAUAUGUUAAUUUACUUUAAUUUUUUCAUUUUAACAUGUUGUGAAAAACUGUUUCCUGAAUUUUUAAUGUAAUUGUAUUUUAAACAGUGGGUUAUUGGCUAAUUGUUUAGCUUUAUAUGUAGAUGACAAAUGUAGAUUGUUCUGCAAAGAAUAAUGUGACAAAUGUUACUCUUAUAAGAACCCAUACUCAAUUUACUUGACCUGGUUAUCAAAUGCUCACGUGUAACAUUUUUUAUCUUGUGUGUGGAAAUAGUUUGUCAAAUGAACAAUGCUGCAUCUUUUGUGUAUUUAACUUUUGCACAAACAAUUGAGUUUUCUCAAAGUAGAAUGUUUUAUACUGAUCGUUUUUUAUUAGCUAACAACAUUUUUUUUAGUUUUUCAGUACAUGAAUAAAGAGUCUUUUAAAUA